AUGUCGCAGCCCAGUCUCCUGGUCCUGUACGGGAGUCAGACUGGAACCGCCCAGGACACGGCCCAGAGGAUCCUACGACAGGCCAAGAGGAGGUGGCUGCAGGUCCGGGUGCUGCCUCUGGACAGUUACAACGUGGCCGAGCUGAUCUCAGAGCCCCUGGUGGUCUUCGUGUGUGCCACCAGCGGACAAGGAGAAGCUCCAGACAACAUGAAGAACUUCUGGAGGUUUCUCUUUAAGAAGUCUUUACCGGUUGGAUCUCUCAGUCGGCUGGACUGUGCCGUGCUGGGCCUCGGGGACUCGUCCUAUCCAAAGUUCAACUUCGUGGCCAAGAAGCUUCAGAAGCGCCUGGUGCAGCUCGGGGCCCGCCUGCUGCUUCCUGUCGGGCUGGUGGAUGACCAGCACGACCUGGGGCCGGACGCGGUGAUCGACCCGUGGCUCUCCUCCUUCUGGGAGGAGGUGCUGCUCCUCUACCCGUCUGUGGCUGACGUGGCUCCACUGAGGGAAGAUGAACCACUCCCCCCAACAUACAAGUUCCACUUCCUGGAUGAUGUGAAGGAGGAGGUCGACCACCGGCUGAGGAGCACCGAGCAGACGCUCCCCUCCGCGUCUCAGGCCUUUCCUGCCAGACUGGUGUCCAACAGGAGGGUAUCAGACGUGUCCCACUUCCAGGAAGUGAGGCACAUCGAGUUUGACAUCACUGGAUCCAACAUCCAGUUCGAUGCCGGUGACGUGGUGAGCAUGCGUCCCUGUAACGCACCAGAAGACGGACGACAAUUCUGCCAGCUGCUGGGAUUAGAUCCAGACGCCCGGUUCACGCUGAGAGCCACGGACAACACUGCAGUUCCAGCCGGACUUCCUCAGCCUUGCACCGUGCGCCACCUGGUGGAGAGCUACCUGGACAUCGGCGCUGUGCCGCGCCGCUCCUUCUUUGAGCUGCUGUCCACGUUCGCCACCGACGAGCUGGAGCGGGAGAAGCUGGUGGAGUUCAGCUCGGCUGCAGGUCAGGCCGAGCUGCACAGCUACUGCAACCAGCUGCGACGCACCGCGCUGGAGGUUUUGGCGGAUUUCCCAAAGACAACGGCCGAACUCAAAGUGGAUUAUCUCCUGGACCUUUUCCCUGAGAUCCAGCCUCGGUCUUUCUCCAUCGCCUCCUCGCUCCAGGUUCAUCCAAACCGGCUUCAGAUCCUCGUAGCUGUUGUUUGCUACAAAACCAAGUUGUUUAAACCCCGAAGAGGCCUCUGCUCCAGCUGGUUGUCCUCCCUGGACCCAGAACAAGGGGACGUGCGUGUUCCUCUGUGGGUGAAGAAGGGAAGUCUGAAGUUCCCUAAAGACCAGGACACUCCUGUGAUCAUGGUCGGACCCGGGACCGGAGUGGCCCCGUUCAGGGCGGCGUUACAAGAGAGGACCGCUGAGGGAAAGACCGCCAACGUCCUGUUCUUCGGCUGUCGCUCCCAGUCCAAGGACUUCUACUUCAGGUCAGAGUGGGAGGAGAUGACGGAGGCCGGACGUCUGACCCUCUUCACGGCCUUCUCACGAGACCAGGAGGAGAAGGUGUACGUGCAGCACCGUGUGGCGGAGAACGCUGCGCUGCUCUGGGAUCUGAUCGUUAACAAACGUGGCUGCUUCUACAUCGCUGGGAAUGCUAAACAGAUGCCGGCCAGCGUGAGCGACGCGUUGAGAGGUGUGUUCCAGCAGGAGGGGGGCGUGUCCUCAGAGGAAGCCGAGCAAAUGCUGGUGGCCAUGGAGCGGGGGGGGCGACUCCAGAGCGAGACGUGGUCGUGAGACGUGUUGCCUGUGACCCGGAAUCAAGACGUUGGUUCAUCACAUGGUUCCAGCUUCUUCUGAGCUCAGAACCACGAGCUGCUGCUGGAACAUCAGGAAACCGACUGAGAGAGAAGAGCAGGGUUCUAAAACCUGAAGCUGAGAAGAGUCCUGCUCCUCCUGCUCCUCCUGCUCCUCCUCCUGCUCCUGCUCCUGCUCCUCCUGCUCCUGCUCCUCCUCCUCCUGCUCCUCCUCCUCCUGCUCCUACUGCUCCUGCUCCUCCUGCUCCUCCUGCUCCUACUGCUCCUGCUCCUCCUGCUCCUCCUGCUCCUCCUGCUCCUCCUCCUCCUCCCACACACUCAUAAAUAUCAGUCUGAUUAUUUUCAUCAAGAUCCAUGAAUUAACCUGAUUUCUCCUCUUUCAUGAAGUCAAAGUUGAUCUUAGAGUAAAUUAUGAAAAAGUCAAUAUGAAAUUUUAUUCAAACGUGAACGUCCGUCUUGUUUUCACAUUGAGGCUGAAAAUGAAUCCAGUAAUUUUUUUUACUUUAUUCAAUCAAAUCUUUUUUGGGGGGAUUGGCUCCAUUUAAACUUUUACACUUGUUUUAUUUGACUGUUGUCUUUUGAAGUUAAAUGUAAACUUUAUCUUCAUUAAAUCUUAAAACCCCAA